GACCUCCAAAUAUUUUUUUGAUUUCAAAAUAAAAAAGAGGGGUGAUUUUUUUCGGUAUCGACCAAUUCUAGGGGGUAAGAGCAUUACAAUUGCGACUUUACUGUUGUUGGACCACCCUAAUGUGCAUACCUAUGUAUGUGCAUAUAACUCAUACAGAAAUAUAGCUAGCACAUAUUGCAAGCCGGCAGCUGUAGCACACUCAAAACACACAGACAUGCAAGUAUGUAGCAACAAAUUGGCAUGCACAGGAUUUGGACGCCAGCAGAACUCCAUAAGCAAGUGCUCAGCGCUGGGCUCGGCUGCUUUAUACAUAUAUCCUACCAUUUAUUCGUUGCAAACUUUUCACAUACCCAUUAGAGUGCGCAUCACCUCCUUCAUAACUGAGCCACCCGUCACCAGCACCAGCACCAGCAACAGCAACAGCAAUCUGAACAAAUUUAGCGCCCAUAAAUGAUGCCCGAAAUAGAUCGCGACGCUGUUGCGGAAAUGGUUAGUGGAGCGCAUGCGCCUAUCUUCAGCACCGCCGCACUACUCGCCAAGGAGCAGCAAAAAUUCAAACAACACUCCCGCUUACAGGCCUCACUGGCCGAGCAAGAGCACCUCAAUAUGGCCGCGGCAAGCUCGUAUGUGUAUCAGAGCCCUUUGACGAUACCACCGCAUGGCCAUCCGCAGUACAACAACUUCAGCUUGAACAACAACAAUAUUGCCGCUUUGAAUCACAAUAUGGCGGCGCAGCAUUUGGUACCUAGUCACGCAUGUAUUAGUCCUAGUGGUAAAGAGAAGCUUGCUAAUCUGCUUAAGGUGCGCGACCCCGAGCAACGCUUGGCGGGCAAUUUCCUACAGAAGACACUCGAAUCUACGCCACGCCCAUCGCCAACAAGCUGUUACACCAACGGCAAUGGUAGUAGUAUGGCACAUAUGGAGACGGCCUGUUUGUCAGCACCACCGCUACAUACACCGCUCUCACCACCUCCGCCACCACCGCCGCGCGCCAAGACACCACAUCCACGGCGUUUGGAACCCGCUACUAUGCCACCUUCAAUUAAAUCAACCAAAAUCCAUAUACAAAGUGAUCUCGAACUUAAGGCUGCUGCCAGUAAUGCCGCCGAAAGCUGGCAUCCGCAUGUAUAUGCGCGUCCACCUAUGCGGCCCACUCCUCAUGCCAUUGCGGACAUUCUAGGAUGGCGCGCCGUCUUUUCGCCGAUUCAACAGCAUAGUUUGAGCGCCAACAACUGUGGCACAAAUGCAGUUCAUCGCGAAGCAAUGGAUGAGUCAUCUAAUUCUUCGUCCAAUGCCGCUAUAACGCUGCCUCCAGUACCUGCAAAAUCGCCCAAAAGUAUACUACGCAACUUUCAGCAACAGUUUGCGCAACAACCGCAAUCGCCGCAACGUGAACCCGGCCACUUGUGCAGCACAUCGGUGAGUGAGACGAGCGAAGAUGAUGCCAAUGGUGGCAUAAUGGAUCAGCCACUGGAUCUUUGCGUGCCAAAGAAGGCACGUGAUUCGCACUCACCACCACCGCAUGUGGAGCAGACGCAAAUACUGACAAAGGGAGCUGGCAGCAGGAAGAAAG